AUGAAGUUGGGUUCUGUUCCAAACACCCUCCCUUCCUCCUUCUUCGUAUCAUCCCUAUUUUUCAAAUUUCCCAUCUCCCUUCCAUUAUCUCACCCACAAAUCCCUUCUUCAGGCAGAAAUAGCUUAGUUUUUCGCUUGCAAAGCAUUGAUCAUAGAAUUGAACCAAUACCUAGUAAUUUGAUGGCUUCAGAAAAGGAAUUCCAAGAACUGAACAGAAAUCUCUACCCACAAAUAGAACCCUACAGUACAGGACUUUUGAAGGUUUCAGAUCUUCACACAAUCUACUGGGAGCAAUCAGGAAACCCCAGUGGCCAUCCGGUUGUCUUCAUUCAUGGAGGUCCUGGAGGGGGAACUUCCCCAAGCAACAGAAGAUUUUUUGAUCCCGACUUUUACCGGAUCGUACUAUUUGAUCAGCGAGGUGCAGGGAAAAGCACACCGCAUGCUUGCUUAGAGCAAAACACCACAUGGGAUCUCAUUGAUGACAUUGAAAAGCUAAGAGAACACUUGGAGAUUCCAGAAUGGCAGGUAUUUGGUGGAUCGUGGGGAAGCACUCUUUCCCUUGCAUACAGCCAAUCUCACCCAGAUAAGGUUACUGGCAUGAUCCUCAGGGGAAUUUUCCUCUUAAGGAAGAAAGAAAUUGAUUGGUUUUAUGAGGGUGGCGCUGCUGCUAUAUAUCCUGAUGCUUGGGAGCCGUUUAGAGAUCUUAUUCCUGAAAGUGAGAGAGGAUGCUUUGUUGAUGCCUAUAAGAAGAGAUUAAACUCCAAUGAUAUCGAAACUCAGUAUGCAGCUGCUAGAGCAUGGACCAAAUGGGAAAUGAUGACAGCUCAUCUUCUUCCAAAUGAAGAUAAUAUCAAAAAAGGGGAUGAUGAUUACUUUUCAUUGGCAUUUGCAAGGAUUGAAAACCACUAUUUUGUGAACAAGGGAUUCUUCACUUCUGAUUCAUUCCUGCUGGACAACAUUGAUAAAAUAAGGCAUAUCAACACCACAAUCGUGCAGGGAAGAUAUGAUGUUUGCUGUCCUAUGAUGUCAGCCUGGGAUCUUCAUAAAGCUUGGCCAGAGGCAGAUUUCAGGGUGGUUCCAGAUGCAGGGCAUUCAGCCAAUGAACCAGGCAUAGCUGCUGAACUUGUGGCUGCAAAUGAGAAAUUAAAGAACAUAAUCAAGGACAAAGGCGAGUGA